GGGACUUCGCUCGUGCUAUGCGGGCGGCAACGGACAUAAUGCUGUCGUGCAAGGACUACAUCAUGAAGCUAGACCUAAGCCCACUAAUUCUCAAGCUUCCAGCAUCUGCCUCAGGUAUUGCUGCAAACUGGACGAAUUUCAUAUUUCACGCAGGAGCGCCGACGGCUGUGCAUCGCAAUUCGGAUCUGCUACGCUCAUGCGAGCUACCACAACAGCACCAUCUAUCAACUGCGGAGAUCGUUCUUGGACUGCAUGGAGAAAUCGUUCCAUAUAUUGGAAGCCAUGAGUCCGGAACUGCUCGACAAGCUGAGACUGAACGUGACCACCCUCGUGAAAGCCGGAACAACAUGCGCAUUCAACUAUAUUCCUCGUGAAGAAAAGUACGGAUUAGCAAUCCUUGCGUAUUUUUCGGAUUUUAUUUCAGGGUAAAAAGAAUACAAUGGUCAAUAAAAAUCAGCAUGUGUUUUGG